GGACACCACUGUGAUAAGAGGAGCUGGAGGAGUCACCCGAGCUAAACCUCGCAUCACUCACAGCCCAGACAUUCGGUGAUUGCCUUUCUUUUCCAUACAGUAACGCCAUAGCAACAUGGCGGCCGCAGCUGCGCAAAUCCCCGUCAUCGACAUCGCGGCCGAGGACCAAGCCCAGGUCGCUCGGGAACUGGUUGACGCCGCUGUCGAGCAUGGAUUUGUGUACAUCAAGAAUCAAGGGAGGGAUAUCCCCUUGGAGGCUAUAGAGAAUGCCUUUGCCAUGUCCAAGACGCUGUUCGCGUCGCCAACCGAGGAGAAGCAGCAAUGCACCAUCCAGAAGAACAACCGCGGCUGGUCUGGCAUGCACGUCGAGACUCUUGAUCCGGCACACCAGCGGGUUGGCGACUUCAAAGAGGCUUUCAAUUUCGGCGAGUUCGUCAAUGGCGUUCCCCAGCAGCCGCUCCCACCGGCCAUCUCCUCGCAGGUCGCCGAUAUCGACACCUUCUUCCAUCAGUGCCACGACCUCGCCCUCAAACUCAACGCCCUUCUCGGCGUCGGUCUGGCCACGGACCCUCCUGACUUCUUCCGCGCUGCCCACCUACCAUCACGAGGCCCCUCGGGCACCACCCUCCGGUGGCUCCGCUACCCGCCCCUGGCCGCGACCCCUGACGCGCAGACCGACGAUGUCCGCGCCGGUGCCCACUCUGACUACGGCAGCCUGACGCUGUUAUUUCGGCUCAAGGGCCAGGCCGGCCUCGAAAUCCUGACCAGGGAGAACAACUGGGCCCCCGUUCCCGUCUCUCCUCCCGGCACCGAGUCGGACCCGGCCCCGCCCAUCCUGGUCAACAUUGGUGACCUUCUCAGCUACUGGACCGGGGGACUGCUACGCAGCACCGUGCAUCGUGUCGUCUUCCCCAAGAGCGAGGAUGCGCGCGCCGCUGCAGCGGCCAGAGGGGAGGAUGACGCGCAGCCGCGGUACUCGAUGGCCUUUUUCUGUCACCCUGCGGGCUCGGUAGCGCUCGAGCCUGUGCCGAGCGAGCGCGUCCGGGAGUUUGCUGCCAAGGGGAAGGAGGCACGUGAGGGGAACCCGUACGAUCAGCGCAAGGUGCUGACGGCAGAGGAGCACCUGCAUAUGCGUCUCAAGGCGAGCUACUUGACACUGUAUGAAGGUGACGACGACAAGGCCAAAUAGGUGCCUAUUUUGUUGGAUAUUUCCUAGAUAGGAACCGAGUUGGUGGAACCCUUGGGCAGCGUUUGCUGCUCAAGGCCACCCGCUAAUAGGAGAGAUUCCGUUCCUGGAAAGUGGAGACAUUCAACGAUGUGGGGCGUGGGGAAAAUGCGAG